CAACAAGUUUACUGGAGAAAAAAGUAAAAAUAUAACCUCACUUAUUUUCCUUGUUAAUUUUAUCGAUUGGGAAUUGCAGCAAAUAAGAAAUAAUAUCGAUGGAUCUUCUAAGAAGAUUUCUGAACAGGAAUAGAGGACUGUAAUAAUUACUAUUUUAUAAUGUUUAUAACUGUGAAACAUUUUGUCAUAGCGGAAGAGUUGUUGUGAUUUACCCCCUAAGUUUUUGUUUGUUUUGUGAUGGCGAGUCAAAAAGAUAACUCGGAUGGUGAAGACAUUCCUAGUGAUUUCUUUGAUGAUUUUAAUAAAGAUGAGUUUAUAGAGGGUCUUAGUGUGAUAGAUAGUUGGGACGAUGAGGGAGGCAAGCAGCGGAGCUCGCGGAUUAACGCGGAGGCGGUGGAGAGUGUGAAGGAUCUCCGAGAGCUGAUCCGCGAUGGGCGAGACGAGGAGCGCCACAAACAGCCGCCACGCGACUACCAUCGCACGGACCGGAAGAAGAACCUCGACGACUUCAUCAAGCCGGGCAGCCGCCGCGACCCCAACAAGACCAACGAGGCGAUCAAGCGCGACAAGAAGGAAAAAGUGAAGGAGUACCUCGCCAAACACUUGGAGUCCAGCGACGACCUGCGCCCGCCCGGCACCGAGCUCGAUGACUACUACGACGAACACAAACUAGAGAAAAAACACCCUUUAGAAGAAUACAAUUCAAGUCACACUUCGCGGCUACGGGAAUCACCGGCUAAGCAGAGGCGGCGCAGCCCCCGCCGGAGUCCGCGCCGUAGUCCCCGCCGGAGCCCGCGUCGCAGCCCGCGGCGGAGCCCCCGGCGUAGCCCGCACCGAAGUCCACGCCACAAUCACUGGCAACCACAUUUGCCAUACAUGCAACAUAACCGUUACAGCCCUACACGAAGAGACAGACUUCCGCUUCGCCCAUUCUUAAAUCAGCGCCGUAGUCGCAGCCCGCGAAGAUACAGCCCAAAACGCAGCCCCCUUAGGCGACGCUCAAGGUCACCAUAUCAACGCAAGCGUUAUGCUAGGCAAUCACAUUCCAGGUCACCGGGCCCCUCAGAUAGCUUUUUGUAUCCAAAUGAGCCACAACUAGUACAGGGAUAUGCUCCUGAUAUGUAUGUGCCACCACAGCAAUAUCCUGGACCUCCUAUGAAUGAGUAUCCAGGGGGACCAUCGGGAUAUCCUUACCAGUCAGACCCUAAUUAUGCUGUUGGUUAUAAUGUAGGUUAUAACUAUGGGAGCCAGCCACUAGCCCCUGGGGUAAUUCCACCAGUGUCAGUGCCGUUGCCAGUGCCGCAGCCCGUGCCAGCUCCAGUCAUGAAUGUAGCGCCUGGACCCGUGAUAACUCCAAGUCCAGCACCUGGGAUUGCUAAUGUUCCUCCAGCAAUGGUUCCAGCACCACAAAUAUCUCCAUCUGUAAAACCACAACCAGCUCCAGCAAAAAGGGAUGUCACUACUCCUUAUGAUGCUUUGGCCCAAUUAGUGGCAGAUGGAAAGCUGUCCAAAGAAGAUUACUUGAAGUUAGCUCCAAAUAAGAGCAUGUCAGCCAGAAUAUUUGGUGUAAAAACAUCAACAUCUUCAGCAGAAACCAAAGUUAGAGUUGAUGUGUUAAGUCGCUGUUACUCAGCUCUAACGAGUUUGGGACCCCUGCGUAUGCCUAGCAGAUUGGUGUUGAGCAGUUCUGCUUGCGGGCCGGAGUUGAAGGCUUUGGGUCCAAAGUAUAUAUCUCCGUUGAAGAGGCAGGCGGCGAUCGAGUUCCACUUCACGACGCCGAGCGUCUCCGCGGCGGUGGUGCACAACAGGCAGCUCGUCGACGCCAUCAUCAAGACCGUCGGCCUGGAGACGGUGGUCGCGCGGCCCAGGAGGAAGCUUCCCAAGAACACGAAGGACGCCGCAGUCCAGACGACCAAGCCGUACUGCGAUGUGUGCGAGGUCCGCGACGCGACCCGGUACUACGACACGGCCACUUCCAUAGACCCUGAACACUUCACGUCGACGGUUCACACGCAGGUUGUGGAGCAGGAGCUGUUGAGCUCCAAGUCGGUGUUCAACCCGAGCGGCAGCAUCGCCGACGGCGCGCCCAUCUCCAUCGCGCACCUCACGCCGGCGCAGCUCGUGUCGCAGCUGGCGGCGCGCGCCAAGACCCUGAAGCAGGCCGAGCCCUCCCCGCCGCCCAGCCAGUUCGCGCGGCGCCCCGGCGGCAACUACGACUACGACGGGAGAGGCGGGUCGCACUACCAAAAUACUUAUAAUAACUACAACCGCUAUUAGACUGGUGAAAUCGAAUGUCAUUUGUUAACCAUUCUAUAUGAUAAGUUUAUUUAAUAUUUUAACUUUGUGUGAAAUGUUCGUAUUGUAAGUUAUCAUAAGCUGCGUGUUCAUGACGGGCAGCUUCGUGGAAUUACGCUGCGCCAUGAGGCAUCGUGUCGACGCGAGGCAGCCGCCGCUCUCCUACCCGUUAGAGGUCGCUUCAGAAGGGUGAGCAACGUCGGAACGCUAGAAUCUUAUGUAAACCUCAAUAUUGUUUGGUUUCGAUUUAUGUAAUACAUUAUACUUUACAGAAUAUGGUUUAAUUUUAUAAAUGUCUGGGUAAAUCCAUAUACCAAGAUUUCAAGUUGGUGGACUGCAAUAGUCUACUUACUGUCUAUGCUUAAUUGUUCGUUUAUUAAAGGGCGCAAGUUCCAGUUUGAAAUAUUUUCAUAAUCAUGUCAUCUAUCGAUAUAGCUUCCUGGUCCUGGCAACAAAAUGUGUUCAACCAACAAAGAGCGCAUCGCCUUCCGUUGCGGUUAAUGGAAUUCAAGAAGAUAUUUCAUCGCGGAGACGGGAACUACCGAUAUAUAAGUGACAACCGAUAAUUUUCGGGCGUCCUAUUCUAGCACGGUACGGUAUGAUAGCUGUCACAACUGUCAAAAUAAACCAUUUUAUGGUCUCUUUCGCACUAGGCUGUAUUCUUAUCUUUCUUUCCUGUAGUCAUACGCACCAUGCUAGAUAGGGGGUGGAUCUUCGAACACCGGUGGUCAAUAUCACCGUAAACGCAAAAAUAUGGUAGAAUAUUUUGUCUUUUUGGAAAUAUCCAGUUAGAACUUAUGUAUGUUGAAGUUCUUCAGGUCUUCCGGAAGACUCGGUAUUCGAAGAACCACUCGAACGCAAAAUAAUUACGUGCCUACUUUAAUUAAAGAAGUAUUGUUGCGGAAGUAAAAAAAUACAAAAUAUCUCUCACAUUUUAACUAUGUCGUGUAUUAGGUAUCUAACGUUGAUAUAUGUUAAUAUUUGGUAUCAAAAAUGUAUAUUUCAUAUUUUUAAAGUUAUAACUCAUUUCAAUAUUGAUUUUACAUAGAAGAGAUACGUGAGCGUCAAGCUAGCGGCCUCAAAAAAAAAAAUGGGCACGAAAAAAUAAUUUGACCAUACCAAAAAAUAGUACUCUUAUUGAAAAAAAUAGUACCUGUUGUAAAAAAAUUAGUACCAUCACGGUUCUGGAUUUAUAGCCAUGUUUUAUUGCACUUGCUAGCUUGACGGUGAGCGAAAUUUGGCGAGAGUUAACGACAAGGUCUUUCGCUUUGAUUUAAACGCCAAAAAAUAGUACCGAAAUAGUACUCACCCCCUGCAAAAUACCGAAAGUAGUACUUCAACGGUUCCAAAGUUAUAAAGGCAGUUCUUUGAUCCCGCUAGCUUGACGUUUUGAAAAUACCUAUUAUCUGGGGAAUGCUUGCAUACUUCAGUUUGUAACUAAUGUCAAUAAACUCGUAUGAAAUAGUACUCCCUACCAUCAUAAUUUGGACCUGAUUCUCUUUGUAGAAAUAUGUCAAAAAGUCAUUAUAACCUAUGUCAUACAUUUAUCAAGACAAGUACAGUCGCGAACAAAAUUAUUACACAUGGUCAAGAAUGUUGUCAGAUUUUAGUAUUUUUCCCCAUUUUUGGGUAAAAAUUGGUGAAGUGCCAGGGUUGUCAGAUGAAAGUAAUAUCAUUGUUGAAACUCUUUGAGUUAUUAUACAAAUACUGCAAAUUGUUUAUUAACAAACACUUCGAUCCGUAACAAAUUCAACAUGAAGGUAUAAAUUAUAAAAUAAAACAGCAGAUUAAAAAUGUAUUAUGAUGUAUUAAAAUCACAGAUUGUUUUCGAUAAGAACUAGACCCAUGCAGCCAUUUUCUAUUAAAAUUAGUGCAUAUGGGUAUUAUGGGUGUAUACAAUAGGAUUUUUUUGUAAUAGCAGCACUCUGAAGUGCAAAGAAAUGAUAGGGUAGACCUCCAAAAUGGCAAUACUUACGAAUAAAUUGUGAGGUUAUGUAAUUGUCUACGUGACUGUAUCAACAACAAAUGUAUGGCAUAGGUUAUGAUGAUUUUUUAACAUUUCUACAAAGAGAAUCGGAUCAAAAUUAUGAUGGUAGGGAGUACUAUUUCAUACGAGUUUAUUGACAUUAGUUACAUACUGAAGUAUGCAAGCAUUCCCCAGAUAAUAGGUAUUUUCAAAACGUCAAGCUAGCGGGAUCAAAGAACUGCCUUUAUAACUUUGGAACCGUUGAAGUACUACUUUCGGUAUUUUGCAGGGGGUGAGUACUAUUUCGGUACUAUUUUUUGGCGUUUAAAUCAAAGCGAAAGACCUUGUCGUUAACUCUCGCCAAAUUUCGCUCACCGUCAAGCUAGCAAGUGCAAUAAAACAUGGCUAUAAAUCCAGAACCGUGAUGGUACUAAUUUUUUUACAACAGGUACUAUUUUUUUCAAUAAGAGUACUAUUUUUUGGUAUGGUCAAAUUAUUUUUUCGUGCCCAUUUUUUUUUUGAGGCCGCUAGCUUGACGCACACAAGAGAUACAUAGUCUGUAAUGCAGUUAAUUAAAUAAAAUGUUUAAAUUAUGGUUUAUAUUUUAUGACGUACUUUGCGAUAUGCAGGUGGAGUACAGGGUGGUAACAGUGUGUAUAUGAAUUGUAUAAUAUAACAAUUGAUUGGAAAGUAUAUGAAACAAAAUUAUGUGGUUAUAACUUUUAUAUCUCACUAUUUUUAAGUUUCGCCACUAAAUUGGCCUGAUUUGGCUCAAAUUGUGUUUAUAUAGCGAGAAUUCAAAAAAAAAAUUACGGAGUGCUCGUGUUAUUCAAUAUCCGAAUAAAUUCGACUAUUUUAAGUCAAAAACAGUCA